GGAUUCUAAAGUAGUUGUAUUUUUAUUUUUAAUAUAAAUGAGGAAAGGGGGAAUUCAAGAUGCGGAACCGGUCGAACCCCCCCAAUCUUCGAGGAAGAGUGGCACAUGGUUUGCAAAGAGGCCGUCUGAAAUGCCAGAGAGGCAUGUAGAGAGAGCUCCGGUCCGCCAAAAAAUCAACAACGUGGGUCUCUACAAGGCAACCUUGUACAGCAACAUAGGAUCCUUUUUCUUUGGCAUAGCAGUGGGCUGGUCAGGAACUGCGGAGAGGUCUGUGAUGGAGCAGCACUCCUAUAGCUUUCAGCCCACGGAGUUGCAAUGGAGUGGAGUUUGCAUAUUGCUGACACUCGGAGCGGCUCUCUGGUGUCUGCCCAUGGGACUGAUGGUGCGACUCUUGGGCUGCAGGCGUACCAUCCUCAUCCAGUUGCUGCCGAAUUUCCUGGGAUGGUUCCUCACGGUCUUCGCCCGAAGUGUUCCGAUGCUCUAUGCCGGCCGCUUUUUCCUUGGAAUGUGCGGCGGAGCCCAUUGCGUGGUGGUGCCCAUCUACAACGCCGAGAUCAGCACCACUAAAAAACGAGGGGCCAUGGGCGUAGUGUUCGAAGGGGCCUGCAUUUGUGGGGUGAUCUAUAGCUUCGCAAUGUCCCUUUUCCUUGAGCUGCGUAUUAUUAACUUCGUGAAUCUGGGCCUGCUUGCACUGGGCCCACUGCAGAUUCUCAUGCCGGAGUCGCCGGCGUACUAUGUGGACCACGGUAACAUUCCACGGGCGGAGGACUCUCUGAGAUUUCUGCGUGGCCAGAAGUAUGAUACCAGAAGGGAGAUCGACUUUCUAACACGGGAUCCCACAGAAAGUGAGCGGGAAGUGCGCCAAGGACCGCUGCUGGGCUUCAAGUACAAGAAAGUACGAAGAAGUCUGGCGCGAUCCUUGGCGAUCGCCUUGCUCCAAAAGCUGUGUGGUGCCCUGAUCUUUAUUUUCUAUGGCCUCAAUAUGCUGGAUUGCCUAAGGAUUCGCCGAGAGUUUGGAUUGAUCUUAUGUCUGGGAUUGAUUCUAGGUUUUUUGGCUUGCUUUUUUCUGGUAGAUCGGUUGGGCCGUCGUCCGCUGCUGAUCUUUUCCUCGGCUGGAAUCGUUUUCGUGUCCAUCUAUCUGGGAUUGCACUUUAAGGUGUGGAUGACGAUGGGCUUGACCGUCAUGUCCUGGAUUGCCCUCUUCUGCAUAGCUAUUUUUGUGGGCUGCUACACCGCCGGAGUGGGUUCGCUCACCUGGGUGCUUAAUGCGGAGCUUCUUGUGAGGCCCAUGCGACCAUUGGGCUGCUCUAUUGUCUGUGCCUUUAACUGGCUGACCGCCUUCUUCGUCAUCUGCUGGUUCGGCAGCCACGGGGUCAAGUGCCAGCCUUACCUGUUUCUGCUGUUCGCCAUCAUCGCGUCGCUCAUCCUGCUCUUCUCGCUGAUCUACAUUCCGGAGACCAAGAAACUCUCCUCGGCCAAGAUCCAACAAAGACUGGGCGGGCUUAUUAACCGGCCAGCAGUGAUCACAUUCACAUCCAGCAGCGACUCCUCGAACGCUUAGUGUUUGAGAUAUCAAAGAAAUCCCAGUGAUGCUUGUAAAUGGUCAAAAACAUUAAAUUAAAUGUAAUAGGUAAAGUUAUGAACUGUGUAGCCCCAUGAGGGAAGUAUAAAGAUGAAUGACUGAUAAUAACUAUACUAUUUUAAAAGGUUU